AUGGACGGUACGUACCGGUUCGACGAUAUAUCGGGAUUCAGUCACACACUAAUAUCGUCUAUUACAUUGAAGUCUCAGAAGUUUGAUCUAGAAGAUUUUCACAAAGCAAAGCCCCUUGCUGCGCAGCUUGUUCUUGAUAUUCUUGUUUGUGCUGUUACUCAUGAGGAACACAUUCUAAUAAAGUUACUGGAAGAAUUUGAUAUUAAGUUGAAAGAUAUUGGAGAUGCCAUAGGCUGUUCUGAUUUGACAAAUGGAUGUUUAGACGGUGCAAAGGCAUACAUCAAACAAUAUAUCAUUAAUUUUUUAGAGUCACAAUCAUACAUGACUACUGUAACACUGUUAGAACGAUUUUCUAUCCAAUUAUCUGGGUCUGUUCUUUUGAAAAUGAUACAAAGCAAUCAAUUUAAAGCAGCAGAGAAAUGGACUAAUUUUAUGGGUAGGCCUGUGACAUGUUUGCUUGUGCAGAAGUAUUUGGGGAUGAAGAAGCUAAAUGCUUAUGACAUGGUAAAGAGAAACAAUCUUAUGGACAAAUUUCCAGAUGCCUAUCAUUUAUACAAAGAGGUAUCUUUACUGAAAAAACUGGGUGAAAACGGAUUAUGGGAUAUUGUAGAAUUAAAGACAAACAAAGAUAGGCAUCUUCUCGAGUACCUAGUAUUCCUGGCUAUGGAAGCUGGCCAUAGUGAGAAGGUUGAUGAGUUGUGUGAGCGGUACUCCCUCGAAGGUUUUGCUAGGGCUUCAGUUCCCCGAAAUGGUUUGACUUACCAUUCCGAUCGGGUGUGCCUGUCGGAGGCACAAUAUGUGUUGCCCCAUACUGGCAUGCUGAGUGUCGGUACAAUGGGGUGUGCCGACAACAUAGAAAAGAGCCCAGAAAACCUUGGAAAAUACUUGAAAAUUAGGAAAAACUUAGAUUAG